UCCCAGCUGUCUGUGGCUGCGAGUCGCGGAUGUCUUGUCCCUCCCCUACACGUGCCUUCUCGCAGGAUUGGUCGAGCUGCCGACUGUCUGCGUCACUUGGUUUUGGGCUGCUAUUGGAAUGAAUUCUCUCGUCAUUAUCGGGAAGGGAAGAUGUCAAUCAGUUCUAGGGGAUGUGAAAGAGGCGGGGCUUGAUUCAGGUGGCUUGCCCACCCGAUAGUUGAACACACACGAGCAAACCGUUAACUUGCUUCUUUGGUAGAUAAUCGCUACAGGUAUCAAUUCGAUGAAGAGGCUAGGUAGACCUGGCCCGUCGUCAGUGUCAACGAGAUGAUACGGCAUAAGAAAUUAAGCAGAAGAGGGAGCUAGCAAGGUGUUGCUUAGGGCUCGAGCGGAUGACACUAUAGCAAGAUACUUGGGUGCAAAGUGAGUUGUUUCCCCUUUUAAAGGGCCCAGGAUGCCCAAGGAGCAAGGGGAGAGGGCGCCGCGCAUGGCCAGCAAAAAUGCCAAAAACAAGAGCAACAGUGCCACGCUGUUGGCCACCCGCGCCGCCAAGGCCCAGGCAGAGCAGGAGGCCAACGGGCGUGGCUCGCGAUGCAGCUCCGAGAAGGACUCGGGCUACUCAGACACUGGCUCGGAUUCCUUGCAGACAGACGAGGACCAACACAACGCCAUUAGGCAGCUCAAAGCCAGGGGCAGUCACCAGGGUUCUCAUCAAGGGAAUGCCAUGCUGAUGUCGGGGACCCCAGAGCUUGCACCCAUCUUCAUAAUCAAGAAUGUGGUUCUCAAACAGCCAGUACAGGCGGCUCAGGAACAUCUCCUCCAGGCUCCUCUGCCCUGGGGCAGCGCAGGGACCAACGUCCAGGGCCCAACUGUGUUCCUCGUGCAGCAGCCAGAGGUGACCUCUCAGGCCCCCAUACACAUCUCGAAGCUCCAGCCCCUGAGAGCCGACAGCGGGAGCAAGAAGAGCAAAGCCACCUAUCUCCCCAUCCUCAACUCCUACCCCCGCAUUGCCCCCCACCCCAGCAAGAAGUCGGACAAGACUAAUGCUGGGGCAGGCAGCAGCAGUAGUGGUGGUGGUGGUGGCGGAAGCAGUAGCAAUAGCAGCUGCAGUAGCGGCAUGGGGGGUGUUGGUGGCACAGCUGAGGACCACUGCCAGAGCAAGAGGGUGUGCACGGAGGAGAAGCGUGAGGAGGUGUCCACCACCUCCCAGCUGCCCAAGCAGCACGUCCACAAGCAGCCGGAGGGCAGGGCCCACUCCCAUGGCUCUCACUCCCACUCAUCCCACUCAUCCCAUUCCCACUCUUCCUCCUCCUCCUCCUCUGUCCCUGGAAGGGCCCGCGAGCUCCCCCCCCACGUGCGGCGCAGCCCGCACCCUCCCUCCAGCCCGUCCACCUCCGGCAGCCUGGGCUCGCCCUCGGUGUCCAGCACGGAGACGGCCUCCCUGUCUUCGUCCUGCGAGCUGGCCCAGCAGCAGCAGCAGCAGCAGCAGCAGCGUCCGAAUCAGAACCCGAAUCAGCACGGCACGUCUCAUGGCUGGCGCCACCGCCGGUUCCUCAACACGGUGGAGAUCCUGAGCCAGUCGGGGCUGCUGGACAUCACGCUGCGCACGCAGGAGCUGCUACGCCAGAGCAAUGCCACCGAGCGCGACAUCGCUCAGCUGCGCCACCACACCCAGCUGCUCUGCCAGGCUGCCCAGGCUUCCCCGUCCUCGCCCGACGCCUGGGACCGAGUGCACCAAGCCAUGGCGGAGUCCGGCCACUAUCCCAGCUUGAAGGAGCCGGACAGUCAGUGCCCCCGCAGCAGUAGCAGUGGCAGCAGCCAUAACAGUUCGCGGGGACAGGUCCAGGCCGAGGCGGACACCAGCAGCAGCAGCAGCGCCGGCGAUGGAGGCAGCAGCACCAGCAGCGCAAAGGCAGACGUGGUCGUCUCCGUGCCGUUCAUGGACAGCCACCGUGAGGAGAUGGCACCGCCGUCACCACUCCUGGCACUCAUGGAUGAUCUGCCCACGGACCUUCCUGUUUUUGACCAGAACGGGCACCUCAGGGGGCAGGGAGCCAAUGACCAAUCACUGGACGAUUUCCUCAUGCCCCCCGACAGCUCCACCCACAGCCCCCUGCUUUAGACGCCAUCCCAUGUGCGUUGGACUCACUUACCCAUCAGCCUCAUAUGAGGGCGGAGCCAAGAGAAAGGGGCCCAUUGAUUCUUCUUAAUUUUUCAUCUUUUUUCCAUAAAUCUCUAAUUUCUGAUUGGGUAUUAGAAUCUGGCUAUGGUUUUCAUGUUGCUGUUUCUAUAGCGACUCGGGGUCCCUCUCGCUCAGCAGUUCCAGUGCCAUCUUUCACCUGAAGGAAUCAAAGAUUCAAAGAAUCACCUACUUUCAAAUGUCUCAUCUGACCCGUUUGACCAGAACUACCAAUGUAAAACAUAAAGUUGUCAAUGGAUCAUGAUUUCAAGACCGUCACAAUUGAUGAGUUACCUUCACAAGUGAACAGGCAGUGGAAUUGAUGAAGUUUUUUUGUUAUCCGUAUAACGUGCAUGCCAAUUGCCGGACAGGAAUGAUCUGAAGUACUGUCAGAUGUUCUUUCUUACAGAGGCAGGCUUUGCUGCUGGUAUUCGACAGCACCAGUGAUGUUAAAGAACAUCCUACUGAUAAAGAAAGAAAAUAUCACCUUUUGUCUUUUAUGAAUACUUCUUUUUGAAUUCCAUUGUUCUUUACUAUGAGGCCUUGAGACUGCAAAUGGGGCAGGCAGCUACUGACUUUGUCUCCUGGGUUGGGUUGAUUAAAAAAAGGACAUGCCUCUUAUAGAGUUCUUUGUUUUUUUUUUUUUUUUUUUUGUGUGUGUGACCACUUUUUAGAUAUUUAAAAGAUGAAAAGUGUGAUUACUUUACCAUUGAACAACAAUUUUUAAGACAAUAUUUUGGUUUUCAAUCAAAUGCCGGCCAUUAUGUCUAUCACAAGCUAACCAUGCAAAUAUUUUUUGUGAACAGGCCAACUCAAAGACUCCCUGUUGGGGCUUUCCCAGUCGGAGGUUUUCAUGACAACAUUUGUUUCCCCCUCAGUUUUUGCAAAACUCCUGGUUUGAGUAAAAUGUCAGUGGCAGCCUUACUCUACCUGUCAGUAUCUACACUUUCUCAUUAUACUUAUUCUUUGACAGCAAAUUUUGAUACACUUGGCUUAAUCUGAAAAUGAACAGAUUGGAUGUGGAUGUGAUAAUAUAGAUGUAUUUGUUUAUCCUGGCUGAAGAAGAUUUUACUUUAAGGCGACGAGGGGGACUCCACUUCACUGCUCUGUAGCAUUUUCAUGCAUUUUCAACUGGCCUUUGCCACCUUGAACAUGUUGCAGAGAUGUACCACAUCCUUGGGGGAGAAAGAGAAAUUUGCAGAUUUUCUUGUGAGUGAUUCUCUUCCCAUUGUAUUUUUCCUGCAGGCCUGUCAAUUUGCGUAGAUAAUAGAUUAUAGUAGGACCAAGCCUUGAACAUUACUCUGGUAAAAGAAAUAUGCAGUAGUUUACGCUAGCUGCUCUGAACUAAGCUUCUUGAUUUUAUAGCUUUUUCUCACCAGUAAAUAAAAAGUUGGACCUUCUCCUGAAAAUGUCACACUGGUGAUCUCAGCAGAGCACAUGGCGACAUGGUAAACAGUAAACGGAGACAAGCAGAGUUUUCAAUACAUGAACUUCUGUUUUUGUCCGUUUUUAACAAAGCAUUUGAAGAUAGAAACGCACAACAGCUGUUAUGGAUGUAGUCAAUGCAGAGAGAGAGAGAGAUGAGUGCUUAUUUUCCUGGUUUGUUUGUCAAACCUGUUUUGGGGUAAUGGAAUAGAUAAGCCUGGGUUUUGAAAAUGAUGGUUUGGGUUUGGCUCUGGUUGUGCUUCUCUGAGAGAAGUGUGUCUCACUUUUCUUUCCCUGUGUUUUCAUGUGGAAUGUUUCCUUUACACGCAAAACACAAAACAUCAUCAAGAUGCACAUCCCCCACGUGAAAAGACAAUAAAUCUGCUUGAUCUUUUCAACAGCAA